CUCCACACACACACUCUCUCUCUCUCUACCAUUUGUGAGAAAGAAAAUCGAUUCAGUUCUAGAGAGAGAAACAAACAAUUUUCGCUGUCUAUCUCUCUCUUGCUACUAGUCGGUCGAUCUUGAGUUAGUUUUAACCCUACACAAGCCAAGGUAACAACAUCUAGCAGGUAGGAGAAGAGAGCUAGAGACUAGGUGGUGGGGGCUCAUUCCAAGAAUGAGCUCGUCGGUGGUUGUGAGCGCGAGCGGCAGCGGCAGCGGCGGCGGAGGAGGAGGAGGAGGUGGCGGCGCCGGAGGUGGAGGAGGAGGUGGGCCGUGCGGGGCGUGCAAGUUCUUGCGGCGGAAGUGCGUGCAGGGGUGCAUCUUCGCGCCCUACUUCGACUCGGAGGCCGGGGCGGCGCACUUCGCGGCGGUGCACAAGGUGUUCGGCGCCAGCAACGUGUCCAAGCUGCUGCAGCAGAUCCCGGCGCACCGCCGCCUCGACGCCGUCGUCACCAUCUGCUACGAGGCCCAGGCCCGCCUCCGCGACCCCGUCUACGGCUGCGUCGCCCACAUCUUCCACCUCCAACACCAGGUGGCAGGUCUCCAGUCCGAGCUGAACUACCUGCAAGGUCACCUCUCGACGAUGGAGCUGCCGUCGCCGCCGCCCUACGUCGCCGGGCCGACCCUGGCGCCGCCACAGCCACAGCCACUGAUGCCGAUGACCGCCGCCGCCAACUUCAACUUCUCCGACCUGCCAUCGUCGUCGGCGGCCAACAUUCCGGUCACCGCCGACCUGUCCACCCUCUUUGACCCACUGCCGGCGGCGCAGCCGCAGUGGGGACUAUACCAGCAGCAGCAACACCACCACCAGCAGCUGCAUCAUCACCCCUAUGACCGGAUGGGCGACGGCUCGUCGAGCAGCAGAGGCGGCGACGACGAUGGCAGCGACGGCGGCGACUUGCAAGCGCUGGCGAGGGAGCUUCUUGACCGCCAUGGACGGUCGUCGUCGAGCUCCAAGCUGGAGCCGCCACCUCACACACAGUGAUCCUCCUCACUGUGUGUGAUCAUCAAUUCAGCUUAGCUAGCUAGCUCAUGGACUAAUUGAUCAGGUGUUAAUCAUUCAUGAAUGCAUUGGUUGAGGCAAGAAGAGAAUUUAAUCCCAAUGGUGAAAUUUUUUUCACCAAAUCCUCCAUGUCGUUGAGGCGAAAAAUCGAACGACGACGACGACGAUGGCGAGGAAGACGAUGAUGGUGAUGUUGGGGAUGGAGAUGGUAGGUAACAGGCAUUGCCCGGUUUUCGCGUAUCAUCUUUGUUCUUGGGCUAGGGUGCAAGGGGUGCCCACUUGCACCAUUUUAUAAUGCUUGGGAGUUUGCUCCAAAAGAGGAAGCUUGGGGAUGAGUUCUUGUUAGCUUAGCUGUAGCCCUGAUCACUGUUCCAUUGCAACAGUUCUAAUUGCAAAAAACAAAACCUGGUCUAAUUUAGUUCAAUAUACAAAAAAAAAAUCUUUGUCUCA